AUGACAAUUCAUGUUGUUGGUGUUGAUGUUGGUGGAACAAACACAGAUGCGGUUUUACUACGAAUCGAUUCUCAUCAUGCACCGAAGGUGAUAACUAGCACGAAGAUGGUCACAAGUUCAGAUGUAUUUUCUGGUAUGCUUAAUGCAGUGCAACAAGUUAUUAAAGGUGUUGAUGUUACUGCAAUUAUGGUGGGCACAACACAUUUUAUUAAUGCAUUGAUUCAACGACGAGGUUUAAUGAAAGUAUGCACAAUACGCCUUUGUGGAACAGCAACACAAGCCGUUCCUCCGAUGGCUAAUUGGCCACAAGAUUUGAAAGAAAUAAUUGAUGGUUUGACAGUGUUUGUUGCUGGAGGUUAUUUAUUUGAUGGAUCAGAAAUUAGUUCAUUAGAUGAAGAAGAAAUUCGAACAGUAGUUCGUCGUGCUCUUGCUCUUAAUAUUUGUACGUUUUGUGUUUGUGGUGUCUUCUCACCUUGUCGAUCGGAUCAGGAAAAACGUGUGGGUGAAAUCAUUCGUGAAGAAUCAAAUACUGCAUAUAUCACUCUUUCUCAUGAAAUAGCUGGUCUUAGUUUAUCGGAACGUGAAAAUGCUUCGAUUCUCAAUGCUUGUCUUCGUCCAUUAGCUACACAAACAAUUGUAGCAUUACAGAAAGCACUUCCUCCAAAUAUUCCUUUCUUUCUUACGAAAAAUUCAGGUACUCUAUUAUCAGCUGAGGAUGCUAUUCGUUGGCCUGUGUUUACUUUUGUUAGUGGUCCAACUAAUUCUAUGAUUGGUGCUGCAUAUCUUAGUGGUAUUAAGAAUGGUAUUGUUAUUGAUGUUGGAGGAACAUCACUUGAUAUCGGUGUCCUUGUUGAUGGACGACCAAGGCAGACACAUGCAAAUGUAAAACUGACCGACAAUAUAAGAGUCAAUGUUGCUCUUGCUGAUACGAUUUCUGUAACAUUGGGCGGUGGUACAAUAAUUCAUGUGAACGAAAAAGAUGAAUCUGUACAAAUCGGACCAGAUAGUGUUGGUUAUCGACUCGAACAAGAAGCAUUGGCUUUUGGUGGCCAAACAAUUACUUGUACUGAUAUUGCUCUAGCUGCAGGAUUAACGACAGGAAUUGGUCAUACUAGUGUUAAAAUCUCUACAUCAAUUGUUCAACAGGUACUUGAUUAUAUUAAACAAUUAGUUAUAAAAAAUGUUGAUCGUAUAAAAACAAAUUCAGAACCAGUUCCUAUCAUUUUAUGUGGUGGUGGUUCAAUUCUUAUUGAUACUAAUCAAUCAAUUCCAGAUGUCAUACAGAUAGUACGACCAGAUCAUUUUGCUGUUUGUAAUGCAAUAGGUGCUGCUCUCUGUUCAUUAAGUACUACUAUUGAUUCAAUCGUUGAUCUAUUUCCUUCAUCUGUCGAUGGUGGUGAACAACGUAAAAAUAUGCUUGAUCAAUUAACUCGUGAAGCAUAUGAACAAUGCGAACAACAUGGAGCUCGACCAAAUACGAUUUACUUAGCAGAAUUAGAAGAAACACCAUUAGCUUAUAUUCCUGGUGGUCAUAGACAUCGAGUUCAAUUAACAGCUAUCGGUCAACUUGAUCUAAAUAAAUUGAAGCAAAAUAAACAAGAGACGCAAAUUCAAAAGUGUUUCGUGGACAUAAAACACGAAGUAUCACCAAAUGUCAAACCGCUCAUUUCUAUUAACUUGAAAGAAAAACAACCUGUAUUUGAUAACGAUGGAUUUUGGUGUAUUGAUGCAAUUGAUAUUGAAUAUAUUGCUUAUGGAGCUGGAAUUCUUGGUUGUGGUGGUGGUGGUGAAUCGUAUCAUUUUAAAUUAUGGUGUCUUGAACUUCUUCGAGAAGGAAAAUAUAAAAUGCGUGUAGCACCUCCUUCAUUCUUUUCUUCUUCUUCAGAUCUAGUAGUUGAUGUUGGUUAUAUGGGCGCACCAACCGUUACUCAUGAAUUAUUAUCAAAUGGCCAUGAAUGUUUAGAUGCUGUUAAUAAUAUAGAAAAGUAUUUAGGAAAAAAGGUUAAUGCUGUUUACAGUGGAGAAAUCGGUGGAUCUAAUGGUCUAAUGGGACUACUUGUGUCAGCAAAGAAAAAAGUACCAUGUAUUGAUUGUGACAGUAUGGGACGAGCAUUUCCUUGUCUCACUCACAUUUUACCGUUUAUUCAUAAUUUACCUGCAACACCUGCUUGUCUAUGUGAUGUAAGAGAUCAAACAUUUAUGUGCACAGAUGAUAUGGUUUCUACUCCGCAAGAAUUAGAAGAUACAUUUCGAGAAGAAUGCAUUAAACGUGGUCUUUAUGUUGGUGUUUGUUUACCUCCAAUUAGUGGCGAACAAUUACAAAAACAUACGGUGCAUCAUAGUCUUUCUCGUGCAUGGUUUCUCGGUGAAGCCAAAUUCAAUCAUCAAAUUGAUGCUAUUCAAGCUGUAGCUAGUGCUGGUCAUGGUCGAAUACUCAUUUCUGAUGGUACAGUAAUCAAUGUCGAACGACAUACUACUGAUGGAUUUGCUCGUGGUCAUGUGUCAAUUAAAACAGCUGAAAGAAUUCUUAUUAUUGAUUUCCAAAAUGAAAAUUUAAUAGCUCGUUUUGAUAAUGGAGAAAUUGUGGCUAGUGUACCAGAUUUGAUUGUACUUGUUGAACAAGAUACUGCUGAACCACUUGCAACUGAAGUCGUCAAAUAUGGUUAUCGUGUUUCUGUACUCGUUCUUCCAGCACCUGAGGCAUUAACAACACCACAUGCUCUUCAAUAUGUUGGUCUAAAAGCAUUCGGAUAUGACUUUCCUGAUUAUAAGUAUAUACCAUCAUAUGCUUCUAUUCAAUCGGUUUGGGAUGUUUACUAUAAAAAAGAUUUUAAUUCUCAACAAGAAACUAAACACAUUGAUUAA